ACUACAAGCGGCUUCAUCCAUCAUGGACAAGUUGGCGUUGGAGCGUUCCUUUGAUGAAUUCAUUACAAACGUUGGUUCAACGGUGAAGAAGGAAGAAGAUGAUGAUGAUGAAGAUGUUGGUGAAAAGCAGCUUCUCUUGUUCAACCAGGAUGAUGAAGCUGAAUAUAACAGCGCAAUGUUUGACGUGUUGCAAGCCACUGUCUCCACUGACCCCUUCAGGGUCCCAGUGACACCUGAGAACCACAGGUUGAUGCCAGUGAUCCAAAACGUCAUCUCUUCAGUGGAACUGGGCUGCAGACUGGACCUGAAUUUGAUUGCCAGGAAGGCAUGGAACACUGAGUAUAAUCCAAUGACCUUCAAGGCAGUCAUCAUGAGAAUCCGCAAGCCAAGAGCCACAGCAAACAUCUUCUCGAGUGGGAAGAUUGUAUGUUUAGGAACUAAGAGCGCUGAAGAGUCACACCUAGCUGCCAGAAAGUUCGGGCGCAUACUGCAGAAGCUCGGCUUACCUGUCCGCUUCCUGAACUUUCAGAUCCACAACAUGAUGGCCCGCUGCAACACCGUCCCACUGGCUGUAGAAAAGCUGUACCAGGCCUACCAGGAGAGGUCCAGUUACGAGUACGAGCUGUUUCCAGCCCUCUUCUUCAAGAUGGAGUCUGGAGUCACUGCAAACAUCUUUUCGAGCGGAAGAAUAUUACUAAGCGGAUGUAAAAGUCUAGAUGAGCUGGUUAAGACGGCGGAUGCCCUCUCAUCAAUCCUGACCCGCUUCAGAAGGAAAACAUUUUAUCCUGGAAAAAUCCAGCCACAAUAA